AUGCUUGAAAUUAAAAAAGGUAUUGGGGGAGAAGAAUCAUAGUCUAUUAAAGCGUAAUUUAGAAACUUAUCUCCAAUAACCCUUAAUUAGUAGCAUUAAAGUCAGUCAAGAAGCUUACAAAAAUCUCAUUCACCAUUGAGAGAAAAUAAUAUUGGAAACUUUGAUAUAAAAAUAAAUAAAAUUACAAAUCCACUUUACAAUGUAGGAGUAGGAAACUAAUUAAUCAUAGAUCAGAGUCCAUAGUAGAUGAACAAAAAACUGAUUAAUAUAUUUGAAACUAGAUAGUUUUAAAAGAAUAUAUCUGCUUAGGAAUACAGAUAAUAGAAAGAUGAUGCAUCAAGCUAUUCUCCUUCAGUACCAAACAAAAUGAAUAAAAAUGAAAUGAAGCGAGUUCUUAUUCGCUAGGGAUUGUAAGGCAACUUAAAUUAAUAAUUCUAAAAUAAACCCCAUGGAAUAAAGCUAUCUGAAAAGGAUAAUCUUAAUUAAAUAAAGGCUUUAAACUAAAGUAUUGAUUUAUCGAUUUUACCAAAAGGCAAUACUAUUUAAGAAGAAAUUUCAUUUAAGAGUCAUAGAGAAAAGAAUGUAAUACUUCCUUCAUCAAAUAUAAAAACUAUGACAAAAAAUUUAGAAAGCAAUGAUAAUUAAAGAGUUUUUUGUAGAAAAAAGGAAUUCAAUGACACUUAAAAAAUUAAUGUACCUCAUAAUAACAAUAAUAUCAACAAUAUUUCAUCAAAAAAGCUAAACACUCAUGAAAGUUCUAUAUCAUGUGAUGUAAGUAAUAAUAACCCAACAUAAAAUCAAAUAGCUUAAUUGUAAAACAUUACAGAUUUUAACAAAGCAAAAACACAUUAAUCAAAUCAAACUAAAGUUGCAAUAUAAUUUGAAUAGGUCAUUCCUAGUUAUUACUAAGAAAAUGAAAAUAAAAGGCAGCUUUAAAAGGUUUUUUCUAAAACAAAAACUCAAUUUGAAAAUUUUUCAGAUUAAUUCAUAAAGAAGCCUCAAGCAGGUCAAGGAGUUGAGAGUAAUAAUUAACUUAAAAAUCAGAUUUAAAAUUAUAGAAAUAAGACACAAAAGUAAUCUCUUAGUUAGAGAGAGGAUUCUAACACUUUAGAUUAUGAAUUAAAAGAACAGUUUAUUUAAAAAUAAAAAUAAGAUUCGAAGGAUUUUCUGCCUUUGCAUCUUAAAAUCUUAGAAGAAUAUUAAAAUGAUACUCUUAUAAAAAAGGAUCCUUCUCCUUAAUUACCAAAUUGCUAAAUAACAAUUCAAAAGACAUAAUUGGCCAAAAAAUACUAACUCUUUCUUAGAAAUCAAAAAAAUAAAACAAUAAUUGCUCAAAAAUCUUCAUUAACUCCUUAAAAACUUCCAUAUACUAAGUUAAUUUAAAAUGAAAGCAAUGGAAUCAUUUUUCCUACUGAUAAGCUACCUGAUAUUAAAUAAAAUAGCAUUUCAGAAAAAGUAGGAGAAAUAUUUGAUUCAAAUAGAAGAGAUUCGGUUGAUAAAUUGGAGCUAAAUUUAUAAAUUAGAAAAUUGGACACAGAUGUAGAUCCUCAGAAAGCUAAGAAAUAAAAAAGCAAAAGUGUUCAUUAGAAUACAUAAAUUAAAUUUUAAAAGUAGAAAUUCUGUAAUAAUGCUGAAAGAUUUUACAGAUUAUUUGCCAAAAAUCAGAUGAAUAACAAUAGAUUAUACACAGAAUAGCUAAAUACUUCCUAAAACAAUUAUUCAUAAAUAAAUUAGAAUAAUCUUUAUUCAGAUGAGUUUAAUGAUACUCAUAUUGAAGAUGUAUCUGCAAGUAACGGAUUAGUUUAAGAAUUAUCAACAGCUAGUGUAUUAGAUGCAAAAAACGUAAGUGAAUUGAACAUACAUAGACUAUUGGAAAAAUAAAAAAAUAAAAAACUUCAAAAUUUGCAAAUAUCAUCGCCAAAUCUAUUUCCAAAUCAAAAUUUGUAAUAAAAUAAAAGCCAAGUAAGUUAGAUAAAUAUCCUUAAUGAUGAAGAAAAGCCAAAUAAAAUUUAAAUGAAUGAAAGGAAUAGCUAAAAAUUAAUAUAAUUUCUAUAACUUUAGCCAUAAUAGUAGAAAUAGCAAUACUUUUAAUAAAAUCAAAUAGCAGCUCAAUAAAGAUAAUAAUACAAUUUUUCUAAUUCAUAAGCUGAUUAAUAUUAAAACCAUGAAAAUAAUUAAUAAGUAAGUUAGUCUGCUAAUUCUUAACAUUACGAUUAUGGUCAACUAUAUUUUAGUAAAGAUGGAAAUAUAUCAAUUCCAAUUUAAAGUAAUUAAUAAGAAUAUAAUUUUAAUAAAAAAAUAUUAAGACUAAGAAAUUAAAGUGGAGUUAGUUAAAACACAAAUAAGUAGUCUCCAAGAAGAGCAAUUUAAGUUUCUCGAUUGGAUUUAUCAAGUAAUGUAAGGGAUUAGGUUUAUUACUCCCUUAAUACUUCAGAAAAUUAUAUGAUGAAUUAAAAUCAAGAUUAUAGUAUUCCAAAUGAUGAAUAAAUAUAGAAUAGUUAACAAAAUGAAUUCAGUAAUAUUGUAAUUAAUAUCUCAAAAACUAUGAAUACAAUGUAAAACUAAAAUUAAUAGUAGCUUCAUGAAAUAAGCAAAAGCUUAGUUCAUCAAUCUCCAUAACCAAUACAAAAAUAGAGUAAAGAAUCUGAUAACAGCUUUCUUUAGCAUAUGUACUUUAAUAGAAACUUAAAUGCUUUUCGUAGAAAGAAAAAGAGUAACUAACAAAAUCAUGAAAUCUAAAUUACAGAAACUGGUUUUGGUGAUGAUAAUUUAAAUCAGUAAUCAAUACUAAAUGGUUUUAGUAUUGAGGAUUAUGUAAGCGAAAUGAAAAGUGAACAGAAAUCUUAAAUUAAAACUGAUAAAAAUUAAAGAAAAAAAAAAUGA